AAAAAAGAUUCGUCAAUCAAUUACAAUGAUGGAUAAAUUUGCACAGAAUAGUGGUGAAAAAGAUCAAACAAAUAGUGCUAAUAGUAAACGAGGAGCCGUACUAGUGAACUAUACACUUACUAAUGGAUUAAAAGUAAAAAUUACUGAUGGUAAAGAGAAAUCAGACAUUCCUUCAACUAGUGCUAAUAAUGCGGCAGUGGGUGUUUCAUUACAUCGAGGAAGUAUGAGUAUCAAUGCACCAGCCUAUGAACAAUCGGCUACUAAUCUUGCUUAG